CACACUGAACAGGGUCCCCCGGAGCCGGCCUUCGGGAGGCGCGGCCCGGGAGGAGGCCUGGGCCUGCGGGCCGGGAGCAGCAGGGGCGGCCCGCGGGAGGGAGCGGAAGUCCCGGGACGGGCGCGGGCAGCGGCGCGAGCAGGGCGGGCGAGUUCCGCGCUCUCUCCCCAUGGCCGGGAGCGGGCCGCGGCGACGGCGGCGGCGCUGACAGGCCCCGGGCGGGGCGGGGCAGGCGGGCCUGGGCGGGGGCCUGGGGCUGUGGGAAGAUGAACGCCCUGCUAGAGCAGAAGGAGCAGCAGGAGAGGCUGCGGGAGGCCGCGGCCUUAGGGGACAUUCGGGAGGUGCAGAAACUGGUGGAGAGCGGGGUGGAUGUGAACUCCCAAAAUGAGGUCAACGGCUGGACUUGUUUACACUGGGCAUGUAAACGAAACCAUGGUCAGGUGGUCUCUUACCUGUUAAAAUCAGGAGCUGACAAAGAAAUUCUUACCACAAAAGGAGAAAUGCCAGUCCAGUUAACAUCAAGGAGAGAAAUCAGGAAGAUUAUGGGAGUGGAAGAAGAUGAUGAUGAUGAUGACAACCUCCCCCAGCUGAAGAAGGAGUCAGAACUGCCCUUUGUUCCCAACUAUUUGGCCAACCCAGCCUUCCCUUUUAUCUAUACACCCACAGCAGAGGAUUCAGCCCAGAUGCAGAAUGGGGGCCCCUCCACACCCCCUGCAUCACCCCCUGCAGAUGGCUCACCUCCAUUGCUUCCCCCUGGGGAACCUCCCCUGUUAGGGGCCUUUCCCCGGGACCACACCUCUUUGGCACUAGUUCAGAAUGGUGAUGUGUCGGCCCCCUCUGCCAUACUCAGAACACCAGAAAGCACAAAACCGGGUCCUGUUUGUCAGCCACCAGUGAGUCAGAGCCGCUCCCUGUUUUCUUCUGUCCCGUCCAAGCCACCAAUGUCUCUGGAGCCUCAAAAUGGGACGUAUGCAGGACCAGCGCCAGCAUUCCAGCCAUUUUUCUUCACUGGAGCAUUUCCAUUUAAUAUGCAAGAGCUGGUACUCAAGGUGAGGAUUCAGAACCCAUCUCUUCGAGAAAAUGAUUUCAUUGAAAUUGAACUGGACCGACAGGAGCUCACCUACCAAGAGUUGCUCAGAGUGUGUUGCUGUGAGCUGGGUGUUAAUCCAGAUCAAGUGGAGAAGAUCAGAAAGUUACCCAAUACUCUGUUAAGGAAGGACAAGGAUGUUGCUCGACUCCAAGAUUUCCAGGAGCUGGAACUGGUUCUGAUGAUAAGUGAAAAUAAUUUUCUGUUCAGAAAUGCUGCAUCCACACUGACUGAAAGGCCUUGCUAUAACAGGAGAGCUUCAAAACUGACUUACUAAUGCAGCAGGGACUUUUAUCACUGAGUAUUAUGACAGUGUGCAUCACCUCUGGGCCAAGGACAAGCCAUUGAUCUAAAUGCCUCGGAUGCCCGGGAGGGCCUCUGGUGCCACUGCAUAGUAUGUACUAACAUCAUUCUGCCAAGGUAGGAAGCCCCUGACCCCCAAGCAGUGGUGCCACUCUUCCAAGCCUCUUGGUGCACAGUAAACCUAUUGCUUGAAGCUUUGAACUGCUGAGAAAUGGUCUGGAGAGGCAGAAGCUGGAGGUUCUGUAUCCAGUGUGUUUUAUGUCCAGAAUGUAAGAGAGUUGUCUAAGCAGCAGCUGAGAGAGAGCGGAGCCUAUUUCUAGCCACUCCUGUUGACAGUGCACCUGAAGGGCUGGGAUGCGUUUUUCUUGGUGUUGCAUGCUCACAACUCUGCUGACAUUGGAAACUUAUGAGAGAGGAAGACUCGGGAAAGCACAGAUACUGGACAGAUGGAUUCUGGUGUGGGGAAAGCACAGAUACUGGACAGAUGGAUUCUAGUGUGACUUGUGACUGUGAGGUUUCCUAUAACAUAUUUAUAAAUGUUACUCAGGUUAAAAGUAUUUAAGAAUACAGUUAACUAAUUGUAAAUAUGCUGUUAACCAAAAGAGCUUUCCCUCCCUCACUUUUUCCUUUGUAAACACUCAUGACUGCUUCUCUGUCUCUUGAGUCAUCUCUGCAUUAACUCCCCUUCGUGGUCACUAGAGGGCUCUCUGAUGCCUUCUAAAAGAACAACUGCUUUUUUACAAUGCCCCCCACCCCCACCCCGCCCAUAGAGACAGGGUCUCACUAUGUGGCCCAGGCUGGUCUCAAACUUCUGGCCUCAAGUGAUGCUCCUGUCCUUGGCCUCCCAAAGUGCUGGGAUUACAGGUGUGAGCCACUGCACCCAGCCCACUUUUUUUUUUACUCUGAAGUGAUUCCAGUCAUCUGUGUGUGUAACUGCAUCCUAUGAGAAGAGCACAAAUAUUGCUGUUCCAUGUUCUCCACUUUCAUAUUCCACUACAAAUGAAAAGCAAUUUUUGAGACUGAAUCUGUUGCUAUUUUAAAGGUUAUUGUGGGAAACUGAGCUAAAGGAGUUAGCAUCUUUAUUUUUGUAUCAAAGAUAAAGGUUAUUUUGAAAUUAUUAGGAUUUUUACACAAUUCUGAAAUCUGUUGCUUUUGUAAACAAAUUGUUUGAUCUUAGUGAUCCCCCUACUACUACCACCAGUUCACUUCACAAAGUCAGUUAUGAGUCUACCAGACUUUGUUCUGAAAAAUAGAAACAAAACACCUGAUUAAGCUCUUGAGUAUGGCAUAGGAAUUUUUUAGAAGAAUGCAUUCAAGGAUUCUUUUCCUUUCCUUCAGUGUCAUUAAUGUUAAAAGAGCAGCCACUGUUUUGUUGAAACAAACAGCUUAACUUCAGAAAUAAGAACUAGCACACUUAGACAAACAGGAGAGCAGGGGUUUGAAGCCAGCUGUCGAAGAGCAUCCCUGCUGUCUUAAGAAGCUUUUUCCCCAUAGUGCCUAUAGUUUCCAAAGAAACUCAACUUCCUAACUGUGUUAACUUAAUUUUAUUAGAACACUACAGUUGAGUGAGAACGUGCAGAAGAUGUCAACGGAAGAGAAUGUUGUGCUAAGAUAAUGGCCUCCUGCUGCUGCCUAAAUGCUGAAAUGAGGUUGAGAUGUUUUUCAAGGCUAACUUCAUGGAAUCACUCUGUUUAGUGACUUAAUUGUAUCCCACCAAUUACUGCUGGUGACUUACUCAGCCUUGUACAGUGUUUGCAUAGCAGAGUGAAGGUUACUUAUUACCCUCUUUCUCUAAAGUGCUUUAAAGAAGAAACCUCCCUGGUGUUUCUUUUUUUUUUUUUUUUUUUUGAGAUGGAGUCUUGCUUUGUUGCCCAGGCUGAAGUGCAGUGGCAUAAUCUCAGCUCACUGAAACCUCUGCCUCCCGAAUUCAAACGAUUCUCCUGCCUCAGCCUCCCAAGUAGCUGGGAUUACAAGCAUGUGCCACCAUGCCCAGCUAAUUUCUGUAUUUUAGUAGAGACAAGGUUUCACCAUGUUGGCCAGGCUGGUCUCGAACUCCUGGCCUCAAGUGAUCCACCUGCCUUGGCCUCCCAAAGUGCUCCGAUUACAGGUGUGAGCCACCCCGCCCAGCCCCUCCCUUGUGUUUCAACCAAUUGGAAGUGAAUUUAACUAGAUGUAGUAACCUUUUUUUUCUUUACUUCUAAAAAAGUUACAGUUUACUAAUAAAGUUAAGUCUGGUUCUGUCCUAGAGGAAAUAAAUUCACUAUUAAUUCAUGUCUUAAGUUACUUGGGUUAAAACACUUUCAGCCACCCAGAUUAAUUAAAGUGGAGCAGUGGAGCCCCUGGCUGGGAGAUGGCCUCCAGAGGAGCAGCUGCAGGGCAUGUUCUGGGCUUAGCGACAGAGGCAAGCAAGGGAGUGGUAUCUCUGGUGAGAGGUGGGUUUGAUCUGUCUCUGUCCUAUGCUGGUCUCUCUUCUCCUUUAUAAAAUCCUCUGUGGUCAACUGACUGCUGCGUAUCGCAGUGGAAUAAGACUGCACAGUUGCUGGUAGGUGAGUUUAAAGUCUUAAUCUAUGCAUUCAGAGAAAUAUUUUUAUAUGCUUUGUGUAAUUUAUAACAAGGAUUUUUUUUUUUAGCUUUGUUAACUGUGAAUUCACCCCUCCUCCUCCACUGCAUAUUUAAAGCAUGUGUUCACACUGUGUGUAAACAUUCACUGAAGAUUUUUUCUUUGUGCAUUGCUGACUGUUCAAACAUAACAAGUAUUAUUAAAAUUAAAUAUUAACUGACCGAUCCUA